AUGGUUUCUAUGCAAAGAUCUCUGUCUUCACCAGUUCGCAUUCAUUCUGCUCCCACUGGUUCCCCUACUGAUGCACAAGACUCGGGGUCGCCCCCUCCGUCUGUCGAUAUCCAUGUGCAACCCGCUCGAUCACGAAGACGACGCUCGCCGAGCCCUAGCCCAACCCGCGAUAACACCCAAAAGCACUUGCGGAACUCUGACAGCAAAGACCAUCGGGGUCAUGCUCACCAACAGUCACCAGUCAUGUCCUCCCGAAAGCCAAUUGUGGCACAACCAAAUAUGCCUGGCCAACCAUCUCCAAGAAACAGUCCAAGAGUCUCAUGCCUGAAGCUUAGCAAGGACGAAAACGACAACGAAUCUUCUUCUAAAUUCAAGCCGUUAUUGCAAGACGUUUCGCAGUACACAAACCCACACCUGUCGCCUGAAUCCGAAAGUACAACUCUUGAGGAGCUGGCUCAUCUAGUGCGGCUGUCCAAGUACCAGGAGCGCAAGCGCGCCAACAAUCGUCUGCGUCUUCAGAGGAAUUUGGUCUCUACUGCCCUCAGCGCCCGCUUGACCCGCUGCGGGGAAAUAGCUCAUCGUAAUUUGGUCGACAGUUUCCGUCGUGACGACAAGGAGAACUUCUCUGCCCUUUAUAGCGCCAUCCAUGAUGUACGCAACAGCUGCGACGAGCUCCGUCGUUAUGCCCUUCUUGACCCCGAGAUGGAGGGUCUUGCCAAUGGCGGUCUUGGAUCUUCUGAAAGUUUGGAUACCCCCACUAACUCGGCAGCUCUUGGUCCUCUCAAAUCGAUAACACCAUUUUUACACGACAUUUCUGCUUCUGCUCGGGAUACGUUUUUGGAAUUUCUCACUCAACUCCGUACAAACCCUGAUUAUUUGGCCACUCGUAUAUGCUCUCUGUCAAGCUCCGAGUUGAAUUCAUUCUUGACUUAUCAUAAAGGUUUGGAACCUGUGGAAUCAGUCCUUCCCUUCCAUGGCCGUUCUGGAGGAAGAGUCCACGCAAGUGCGCCCAAGAACAGCACUGCUGUGGACAUAGAGCGACUGUUGUCUUUCCAACGCCACGAUCCGCUCUCCAUUCUUAUCCAUACCUGCUUUGCCAAUUCCGCUGGACCUGAUAGUUCUGAGGACCAACGACGAACCGAUAUCUGGGCUACGGCUUUGGCGCGACUGAUUUCGGAACCCAAAUCCACCGGAGAGCACUUUCUGAUUUCAGUUCUCAACAUUUGGACAGCAAUGCGUGACUGGUCCGGAAAAUCCAAUAUGGAAUGGUACCUAAUGAAGAUUCUUGAAGAUGGAGCCUUUUUGCUGGACCGGGCCGAGGACCAACAUGGUACCCGAUUCAACCUCUCUGACUGGAACCAUUCGGACGAGGUUGCAGCUAAGGAGUUCUACGAGAGAGCCGUAAACCAAUUGUUUGAGCUUGUCGACGACGAGGAUGCCACUGGAAUACCUGAAGGACUUUUGGAGCUAGGAAAUGCCAUUCUGAAGAAGCUCGACCACAAGUAUGUCGAAAACACCUCUCGCUGGUUGGUCUGGAGGUGCCUGUUUUUCGUCUUCCUUUUGGGCGUCAUUAUCCAUCCGGAGUCCUAUGGAAUGUUGGCCGAGUAUCACAUCACACCUUAUGCGCGUGAGAAGAUUCUGAAAAAGGUAGCCAUGAAGGCUCAUGAGUAUGUCUCCAGCAUGUGGAGUGGUAAGCCCUCGGCCACCUGUGUCCCAGUGGAUGUACCACCAAAGAUUAAAGGCCAUGUGGAAAGCAUCCUCGCCCGUUUCCAGGGAUCACGAUCCAAGGCCCCGGCUGCCAAGUUACUUCCGGCGAGAUCCGUUACAUCCCUGAGAGAAACCAAGGAGGUUCACCCCUACUUGGUCAUUAGCCCAGCCGAUCUUGCAACCUUGAUUAAUGCCAUCUUCCCAGAAAGAAGACCACACUCGGCUUCCGGCAGCUUUAAAUCAGGCCCAGCCUCCGUCUCGGGCAUGUCGGCCAUUUCCCAGCCUAUUUCCAUGUCAAACCCAAGGAACAGCAACUUCGACACUGUCUCUAUCAUCAGCACCAGUGUCUCUUCAGUGUUCAGUGAUUCGACCACAAGGGAUGACUACCUAGACGAGCAGACUUCGGUAACACCUCAACGUUACUCUCCUCCAGCAAUGGACUCGGAGCUGCAGAGGCGCCUGAACAAAUAUGAAGAUGACGGCUAUCGACUGCGCCUGGCACUACACGAGAUGACUCAAAACUUGGGUUCUGAUAUCACUCGUGGUUCAUGUCAUCCUUGCGCUGAGCGAUGGGUUGUACUUUUCAUUUCCUCUGAUGGAAAGAGCUUGUCUACUAACAUGACAUUCGACCCUGAUGACGAACUAGACGAUGAAGAAAACUCGUCUAGUACUGACACUGAUGAGGAGGAUGCCUCGGACGGACCUGAGCUCGACAAGGACUACCACCAACUCAGAGAUUCUAUCCUCAAGCUGGUGGAAGACUACGAGAUUCCUCGUAGCCUUGAACCAGAGAACAGCCGGACACAGCUUAGCAAUCGUGCUUCCGGUCUCAAGCGGUACAAGUCCAAAACGCGAAUCAUCACCACUGAGCGGUCAAUGUCAAUGGCCAGCCGCAAUCCGUACAGAAAGCACAUGGACAAAGAUGCAAGCGAGAAGCGACAUCCAUCAAUCCCCGAGUCGGAAACCAAGGAUGACAAGUCGGAAGCUGUUUUGAUUACUAUGCUCAAGGCAGCCUCAGCACAAUCUAAAGCUCUGGCAGACUUUGUCUCAUCUCACCAAUAUUGGAAGACCCUCAACCAACUCAGUGCCCUUGCAUCCCCUUCACUACGGGCAAACGGGUUUGCGGUUCUCAUUAACAUUUUCUCUCGUGGACCAAGAGAUUCGAUCCGCCGCUCUGCUUCUGCCAUUGAGGAGUACGAUGCUUGGCUUGUCUGGCUCAAACAGAGCCAAGAACGCCACGAGGGCAUUAUUGACCGCAUGAUGAAACGUGUACGGGCCGUACGCGACAAGAUGUGGUAUGUGACAGACGUGCGAAACUCAAAAGAGUACGCGCACAGCCGUGAUAUCUGCCAAGCACUCAAGACUAUGGGCAUGCCUCGACGUUGGAACUCUUUCCAACGAUCUCGUGCCCACAUGGCUAGAGGACCAAGCUCGUCUUAUCUCUAUCGCACUGAAUCUCAGAUCAUGGACCUUCUAGCAGCGUCUGAAGAGCAGGGUGGUCCAAAUAAGCUUAGCGAUGACCCUGCUGAGGCUACUGCAGCAUGGCUUCAAAACCGUGGCAUCGAGAACUUUUGCAUGGGUGAAGAGAGAAUUCACAGAUUUUGCUACGAGGUGGACAAGUGUAUCUCUAGAUUGGUCGGCGAGACCAUUCGAGAUGCGCCAGUCUUGUGGUCGAGCGAGCUCUACAAGCGUGACAAGCAUGGCUACGACCGUGCAAGAGCCAGAGAAAAGGAAAUGUCGUGGACUGGAGACGACUCUGGCAGCAUCAUCAGCGAACAAGAUCGCAAGUUCAGCCCAACAUCAAGCAGACCAAACUCACUCGCUCGGGAUCUGAGAUCGCUAUCAAUGCACAAUCCUAGCCAGCAGUCUCUUGACUCGGUGCGACAGAGUAUGCCUCGAGCCAGCUCAGCAUUGUCGGAUAUUCUUGAUGGGCAAGAGUACUUCGAUCGAGCUUCGCCUGCGCACACCAAUGAUUCAGCCAGCACCUUCUGGUCACCAUUCCAGCCAAUCACUUCUCCCAGUUCCGGAGCUUCUCGGGGGUACUCGCCUACAACUAGCAUGACGAACCUCUCUACGACCUUUUCUCACUCUCAACAUGGUACCGCUCCCUCCAACUCGACUUUCUCGACUGGACGUCCUGGUACUUCUGCCUCUUCGAACGAGACAGUAUUCCAGCACCAGCGAGUGGAUGAUGAGAAGACGCGCUUCCUUAACGAACUGAGGCAGUCCCUGACCAGUCUUUUGCUUUCAGACCUCGGCAACCAAGUUUUCUCUCGAGGUUCUGAAACAGAUGGCUGGUUUGAUACGCUGGGGCAACAGUGUAUCGAUCGUAAAGAUGCUCUUGACCGCCGAGCUCGACGUCGAUCUGAGAUCAAGGAGAAGCGAAGCUCAGGUCGACCAAGAGUCAUUGAGAAGAAGAAGAGCUUUGGUAACCUGCGAGGUGCUGGUGAUAACAACUCUGAGCGUGCGUCAGAGACUUCGGAAGGCGUUCCUCAGAAUUCGAAUGAAGGAUCGAGCACCAACGACUCGACGCCGCGUCUUUCCGCAGCUAAGGAGGAAAAAGACAAGACAGAGUUCCCUUUCAAGAAGGCAUACAAGCGGCUACUCAACAUGUUUUGCGUUCAUCCCAAUCCUUACGCAAAGCUGAAUGCCCUUUAUGAGUUGGAGAAUCUCAUUGUGGCUGCUCUUCAAUCGAGUGGGCAGAAGAGGCCUCGAUGGAACCGGUCCGAUGCUGGAUCAAGCGUGGUGACAGAGCACAAUACCAACGCUCGCCCUACACCUUUGGAAGGGACGAUUGACAAUGUCAAAGAACGCCGGUCGCAGGCACUUCAGUCUCAACUUGCAACGCCGUUCUUUGGCCCUCGCCAAACCAAUUCCGAGACGAGGUCGAUCAUGUCGGGAGGUAACGUCAAUACCGAUAUCAUCACCAAGGAGCUGCAGGCACUGUUCAGAGAGGCAUCGAUUCGGCCAAAGACCAUCUUCCGCGACUUGCAAUUCAUUGCAUCAUUUGUUCCACCUUCUGUGUUGGAUAAGCAGGAACGCGGCAAAGCUUUCUGGAACACUGCUCUGGCGGCACUCAAGCUGAAGGCAGAGGUUUGCCGAACCAUGGUAGAGAUGGCGGACGAAGUGGUUGCAGCACACACGCAUGUGCGAAAACCUAACGAUAAUACGAUAGCAGAUGUGCCACAAUCAACAACAGGCACACCACCACCGCCGUCAACAACAUACAAACUAGAUGAUGCGGGUAAGAUGUGGACAAUCACGGCUAAGGAAGGAUUCCCAACAGCGCAGCGCGAGCUUGCGCUGUUUUACCUUUCUAACCCGGAAUACGUUGAGCGAACAACGCUCCCUCUCUCCAAGCCACGCGAAGUGUUUAAACAAACUGUCAUGGACAAGUAUGGCCGCUUGGGCAAUGGUGGAGGACGCACAGGGUUCUCGAGUGGCGGAGGUGAAGGCAAGGAGAGCGAUGUGAGAAGCGACCCAGGACUGAUGUGUGUCGCGGUUCACUGGAUGGAAGCGGCUGAGCAUGGAGGUGAUGAGCUGGCGACGAGCUUCUUGCGACAGAAUGAGUUUAUGGGUGGUCGUUGA